GCUCUGCAUAUAAAUGGUGAUCAAUAACAAUUUCAACCCAAACCCUUCUUUCUUUUCACCUGCUAACUAUGGCUUUCACUUAGCGUAGUACGUCUUCUCCUUUCUCUCUGUUUUCAUUUAUAUAUGAGAACCCUUGUUGUUGAUGAUGAUGUUGUUGUGCUUCAUCAUGGUUAUGGUUUAAGUUUAUAGAUGAAUUAAUAGAAUGGGAUAUGGAGAGCUCACAAUACGAAGCUAUGAUGGUCAAAUCGAUCGAGCAGGGGUGGAAGAUCUCGAGAGAAGGUGUGAGGUAGGCCCAACUGAAAGAGUUUUUCUCUUUACAGACACUUUGGGUGACCCCAUUUGCAGAAUCAGAAAUAGUCCGAUAUACAAGAUGCUGGUAGCCGAGUUGGACGAUGAGUUAGUUGGAGUAAUUCAAGGCUCUAUAAAGCGUGUAACUGGGCUCCAUAAACCUCCUGAUAAUCUUGCCAAGGUGGGCUACGUCUUGGGUUUAAGGGUUGCACCAGUUCAUCGACGAAAGGGAAUUGGGUUGAGCCUCGUUCGAAAAUUAGAAGAAUGGUUCGUUGCAUAUGAUGUUGAUUAUGCGUACAUGGCUACUGAGAAAGACAACGAAGCUUCCGUUAAACUCUUCACCAAAAAGCUCGGUUAUGUCAAGUUCAGAACUCCAGCUAUUCUCGUACAUCCAGUUAACAAUCGCGUCUUCCAUAUAUCAUCAAAUAUUGAAAUAGCAAAGCUGAAGAUUGAAGAAGCUGAGAAUCUCUACAAAAAAUUCAUGGCUUCAACAGAAUUCUUCCCAUAUGACAUAGGCAAUAUAUUAAGAAAUAAACUAAGUUUGGGGACAUGGGUGGCGUAUCCUAGAGGUGAAUCAAGGGGAGAAUUUGGGUCGAAUGGGCAAGUUCCAAAUAGUUGGGCAAUGCUUAGUGUGUGGAAUAGUGGAGAACUUUUCAAGCUAAGGUUGGGGAAGGCACCCUUAUCAUGUUUAAUAUACACAAAGAGCUCAAAAUUGAUUGAUAAAUUUUUUCCAUGCUUUAAAUUGCCAGCAAUACCAGAUUUUUACCACCCGUUUGGGUUCUAUUUUAUGUAUGGAGUGCACCAUGAAGGACCAUUAUCAGGGAAGCUGGUUCGAAGCUUGUGCCAAUUUGUGCACAACAUGGCCACAAAGUCUAAGGAUUGUAAGGUUAUUGUAACAGAAGUUGGAGGUAACGACAGCCUGAGAGUUCACAUCCCGCAUUGGAAAUUACUCUCAUGUCCAGAAGAUUUGUGGUGCAUAAAGGCCUUGAAAAAUGAAAAGAAGAACACCCUUCACGAAUUGACAAAACUCCCACCAACAAUAGCUCUUUUUGUAGACCCAAGAGAGGUAUGAACAAUAAAUUUCCCGACUCUUUUGCCUGCUUGAUCCAAACCCCACCUCAUGUAUUGAUUGAUAAGUCCAUGUAUCUCUCCUGGUGGGGGCUUUUCUCUUGUUCCUUUCACAUCGAAGACAUAAAAUCUCCAAAGAUUUCCUUAAUUAGGAGCCACCCUCCAUUUCCUUGUUCUCUAUUCAAUUUUGUGCCUCACGAUUCAGACUAAUCAAACAGGUCUAGUGGUCCAUUUUUGUUCUUUCUCCACUGGUAACAAAAUUCACUGGACGCUCUCAUCAAUUGUGAUCACUACCUAACUUGCUAAUGUAAAACAUUGAGAUUUUUACUCAACUGAAAUGAAAUCUAUCAAUGUAUACAAAGUGGGUCUCUCUACACACCUUCGAAUUUGAUCAGCCAAUUUUUUUCAUGCAUGUUUUUAGUAAGACAUUAGUACAUUAAUAUUUCGGCGCAUUUGUUUCAUUGUUAUUUUAAAGCUUUGUCUAGUUGGGAAGAUGUCAACCUCGCCGACCUCGCUCCAUUUUUCAUCACCUCAUCUAGCUACUUUAAUUUGUUCUUGUUCAUGCGGAUAAAACAAAGUUGGUUAGUGUUUCAACUCACUAGUCACACUCGUUACUAUG